CCCAGAUACGGACGGUUGCAGAGUUAUGGUGUGGAUACUCAUAAUCACGCCGUGGUACGGUAUCCCUAUUUUUUCGGCUUUUCUCCCCUUCGUCUUCUUCCAUUUUUUUCCCCCAAAAACUUGUAUCAAUUUUCUCACCAAACCCUAAUCAUCACUAUCAUACGCGCACAUUUCUACAUACAUACAUACAAUUACACGUAUAUAUCAACCGUUUGAAGGAAAAUUUCACGCAAUUGCACAUACUGCACGGGAAAUUAAAAAAAAAAAAAUUGUUGGUUAGGGUUGGUGAAAAUGGCGGCGUUCUGGAAGAACAACAGCGUCGACAUUGAAAUGGGGAACGGCGGGCAACUUUACCCGGGGAUGAUGGAAAACCCGCAGAUGAGGUGGGGUUUCAUCCGUAAAGUUUAUUCCAUCCUGUGCGUGCAGUUGCUUCUCACAUUUGGGGUUGCCAUCGCCAUGGUUCUUACUCCUCCUGUUCGAGAAUUCAUGCGUUCGCCUAGAGGCUUCUUCGUUUUGCUCCCUAUCAUGGUUGUCACCUUUAUACUGUGCAUGAUGAUGAGCUGCUUCAGCAAACGACAUCCAUGGAACUAUGUCUUCUUGCUUCUCUUCACCAUAGCUAUCGCAUGUCUGGUUGGAGCUGUGUGCGCACAAAGUAAAGGUCAAGCUGUCUUGAUGGCUGCUGGCCUUACACUACUGUUGACCGUUGGUUUGACUUUGUUCACAUUCGUUGCUGCGAAACGAGGCCACGACUUCAGCUUUCUGGGGCCUUUCUUGUUCUGUGCUCUCUUGGUGCUCAUGGCUUUUGGGAUCAUUAGGAUUAUAUUCCCUUUGGGAAAAGUGGGAGAGCAGGUGAUUGGCUGCAUUGGGGCGCUCGUUUUCUCUGGUUUUAUUAUAUAUGAUACGGAUAAUUUGAUAAAGCGUUUCGACUAUGAUGAGUACAUUGAUGCAGCAGCUUGCCUUUUCCUCGACAUAAUCAACCUGUUCUUGAAUCUGCUUGCUAUUUUUGAGUCUGCUGAUUAAGGGUUGUUUGGUUGCUUGUGAAGAAGAAACUCCGAGUUCCACCUCUACUACACUCUAACAACAGGGAUUUUAACUGUGUGUUGAUCUUGUUCUUUUCAAGAAUAUUAUGUGAAGCUUUUUUUAGCUGCAUUUGCUGACAUUUUUCAGGCUUAUCUGAAAAUUUGUUGGUUUUAUGAUGUUAAUUAGUAACACAAUGUCUAUAGUUGUGCUAAUUACAAGACGUUUAACGGUACAAAAUUACGUUGAUAGCUUUGUGAU